AUGUUCUCAACUACAUAUACCCAUGGCGAUUCUGCUUACAGCAGAGACAAGUCUGCCUUUGCGGUAACUGACACUGGGGUCUACUUCCAGUUUGGUGGUUUUGAUAGUGCUGGAACGAUCGAUACUUGUGUUCAUCUCUUAGAUUUGUCAACGGGAAAGUGGGAGACCCGUGAGAGCACACAGCAAAGGGAAGGCCACACAGCGAUUUUCAUAGGAAACAAUAGAAUGUUGAUCUUCGGAGGACUUGGAGAUACAGAGGGAAUACCCGAGGCUGAUCUGGAUAACCAGCUGAUUAUAUAUGACAUCACAGACGAUUCUUGGUAUGCACCUGACCAGAGCCUUUUGAACAAAGAACAUGCACCAAAAACAUUCAUCGCCAAUCAUGCGGCUUGCCUUGAUCCCGUCAACGGACUGGUGUACAUUUCGGGUGGUCUUGACGUCAUGGAAUGUUCGGAGGAGACCAAGUACACUCCACUUGUUGAUAUGUAUGUUUACAGUCUGAGUUACGGGCAGUGGGUUGCGCAUUUCCCAUUUGUGGGCAGGUUCUCCCACUCGAUAGCAUGUUACGAUGGAAGGAUAUGGGCUUUCGGUGGAUUGGACGGGAACAUGGCCAGACAGUCUCGAAAAGUAUCUUCGAUAGACCAAUCAGGUGGUCUCGUCUCGUCAGUGCAAUUUGACUUGGAAGAUAUUCGGGUGGAUCUCACUGGCAGUGAAAAGAUAAUGCAGAGUCCCAGUCAACCUCAUCACUUCAUAUUCGCUGAUUCUGAACAUGCAAGGAUUGAAGUUUUCUCAGCACGGGGGUGUUACUGGACAGAGGGAUAUUCUUUUGAGGUACCAUUUUCGUGGGUGCAAUCUUUUGAGCUUAGCAAUAAUCUUUAUUUGAUGGGGGCUGGUGAGCGUCACCCAAAUCCGUCCAUUGAAGCAGAUCUUGGUUACUAUGUUUGCGUACCACUUGUCGAUACUGUUCCAGCCAUAUCAUAUAUGGAAUCUUCUUCAGUUCCAGCUCAACGUCUGGCCCAAGACUUUGAGUCAUUCUUCAACCAUCAACAGUUUGUGGACUUUGAUAUAACUGCAGUGGAGACAGGCCAUCGUCUUCCCGAAACCUGUUCUUUUCUUGAGAAGCCUCUUAUGGUUACAGAUACCGAGCUUGAAGACGGUCAUUAUUACAAAUCUGAUCCAAUUAAGUGCCAUAAGGCCAUUCUGCUAGCACGCUGGCCUCAUUUCCGAACACUAUUGAGUGCCAACAUGAGCGAGGCCGUAACGGCAACCAUGUUCAUUCCCGAGCCGAAACUGUGGGUUUCCAUCUUUAUCAGAUAUCUGUACACUGAGAAACUCGAGGACCACCCUCCUUUGGUGAUGGCUGGAAUAUUAUCCAUGUCGCAUAUCUACUCACUCCCCGAGCUUCGACAGAAGUGCAUACAGAAUCUGAUGACGAGGAACAUCGGGGUGGAAGAUCUUCUGGAAGUCUGGCAAGUUGCUGAUAUGUUGAAUGAGGAAAGUUUACGCGACAGAGUAUUGAACAAUAUCUUCAACAGUUGGGGAAGAAUCGUGAAGCUGGGAGUCUUGGAGCAUUGCGACAAAGAGGUGAUACUUCAGUUGUUCUCUCUUCUAAAUGCCGAAAGCAGAAUUCUGGUGAAUCCCCAUGUUGCCAAAUCCAAGUUCAACAGGCUACCUUUGCGGAGUGGAUCACCAAUCUCGAGAAAGCAUUCGAUGUCGUCAUUCGAUGAGGUUCCUAGAACAGAUGAUUCUGACUGUCGUAUGUAG